AUGGACAAUCGCGUAGCAUCAGAGCUCUCCGAGGCGGUCUGGGGCAUCAUCGCCAAGGCCCUCAGAUACAGCGACGAGCAUUCUGCGGAGAUCGACAAAUGCCAAAGCUUGAUGGACUAUUUCCAGGACCAAGUCAAAGAAGUCACGGAUGAUGCCUCGAUGCAAGCCCUUGUUCUUCAGCAAGCCCAGAUGUGGGGUGGCUAUGUCGGCGAUCCGAUCGAAAGGCAGAGUCUGAAGUUCUUCUUCCUCGAAGAAUGCAUUGAUGGUGAAAAUGCUUUUGUCGCAGGCACAUAUAAGAAGAUACUUGCAGAGAUUGCCGCCACCGCCCUAGCAGAUGCUGAUAUACGCUUGAAUGACGAGGUUGUCUUCUUCCAUGCCCAUCAUGAUCCGCAAUCCACCUUUCCAGCAACGGUCACCCUACAAACACGAAGUGGCACACAACAUACGUACGAUGAAGUUGUCCUCACCGCGCCUCUCGGUUGGCUCAAACGUCACAAAUAUGAUGCCUUUCCACCUGACUCCCCUCUUCCUUCUCGUCUACUGCAAGCCAUCGACAACAUCAGCUACAGCCGAUUAGAAAAGGUCUACGUCACCUUUCCCAUGGCCUUUUGGCAGCAAGACACAUCCACUGCGGCCUCGCACUCAGAAGAUUCACCCAAUAGCAAUCUAAGCUCCUCAUCCGCCUCCUCUGCCAAAUCCGGUCCAUCGACCUACCCCUCGUUCACUCACUUCUCCAGCCCCGACUACGCUCCCCACCCACCUGACAUUCCCUGGAACCAAGUCCUCGUCAACCUCGCCGCCCUUCCCGACACUACUUCCCACCCCACCCUCCUCUUCUACCUUUACGGCGCCUGCGGCACCCACCUCGUCAACCUCAUCCAAGACAUGCCCGUGUCUACGUCCCCUUCCUCCCCAUACCACCAAACUCUAAGAACGUUCUUCGAACCAUUCUACUCGCGUCUCCCCAACUACGACGUCCACUCCGCCUCCUGCACCCCCUCCGCCUUCUUAGCAACGAAAUGGCAGCUCGACCCCUUCGCCGGAAAUGGCGCCUACACCAACAUCCAAGUCGGCCUCGAGAAUGGGGACAAGGAUAUCGAGGUGAUGAGGGAAGGUGUAGGGGAGGAAAGGCGGCUGUGGUUGGCGGGCGAGCACACGGCGCCUUUCAUCGCGCUGGGGACUACGACGGGGGCGUACUGGAGCGGCGAAGGUGUGGCACGGAGGAUCGUGGAUCUGUAUGACGCGUUGGAGGUGGGUGAGGCGGUUGUGGGCGAGGAAGCGGAUGAGGAAAAGAUGAAGAAGGUGCCCAGUGUGGUGGAGAAGAGAGACGCGGCGAAUGCGAACGGGUUAGCGCUUUGA